GCAGCCACUCCAGUGCCAGAUUUGUGAGUACUCUGCGUCUCCUGUCCACAGACGGAGCGGGAGAACUAACUCUCUCGGAGAACUCUGCUAGGAGCCAAUCCCUACAAACACCUUUUCCUGCCCUCCUCAUCUGCCUCGGGGACAGACGACCGCCACCCUUCCUCUGACCACAGGAUGGAGAGCAAAGGCAGGAGCUGACCAGCACCGCCCCUCCAGACUCAGGAGGUGGAGAUCCCCCGGGUCCGGCCAAAUUCAACACCCAUUUUCUCCUCCCUCUGCCCCUAUAUUACCGACACCCCCUCCUACUUCCCCUUUCCCUCCUCCCUAGAGACAGGGGAGGAGAAAAGGGGAGUUCAGGUCGUCAUGACUGAGCUGAAGGCAAAGGAUCCCCGGGCUCCCCACGCGGCGUGCGGCAGGCCCUCCCCCACCGAGGUCGGGCCACCCCUGCUGGGGCGCCCGGACGCUGGUCCCUUCCAGGCGAGCCAGACCUCUACGGACGCCUCGACGGGGGCCGCAGCCAUACCCAUCUCCCUGGACGGUCUGCUCUUCCCUCGUCUCUGCCAGGGACAGGACCCCCUCGGCGGGAAGGCGCAAGAGCAGCAGUCGCUGUUAAACGUGGGGGGCGCGUACUCCGGAGCAGCAGCAGUAGGGGGUGCAGGAAGCAGCAGCUCUAGAGCCCCCGAAAAAGACGGCGGGCUGCUGGACAGUGUCCUGGACACGCUUCUGGCGCCCCCGGGGUCCAGGCAGAGCCGCACCAGCCCUCCUGCCUGCGGGGCCAUCAGCCCUUGGUGCUUGUUCGGCCCAGAGCUUGCAGAAGACCCUCGGGGUGCCCCUGCCACCAGGGGGGUGUUGUCCCCGCUCAUGAGCCGGCCGGAAAGCAAGGCUGGAGGCGGUUCCGGGGUGGGAGCGGCCCCCAAGGUGCUGCCCACAGGGGUGCCGCCGUCCGGGCAGCUGCUGCUCCCGACCCCUGGGGGCCCCCACUGGGCAGGGGCCGCAGCGAAGCUGCCUCCUCCGCCGGCUGCGGUGGAGGUGGACGAGGAAGGCUCCGAGUCCGACGGCUCAGCAGUCCCGCUUCCGAAAGGCAGCAAACCUUCGGCUCUGGGAGGCACCGUGGCCGGAGGAAGAGUCGCAGCCGCCUCACCUGGAGCGGCCCCAGGAAGCGUCACCCACGUCCCCAAGGAAGAUUCCCGCUUCUCGGGGGCCAGGGGUGCGGUGGCGGAGCAGGACACGCCGGCGGCGCCCGGGCGCUCCCCACUGGCCACCGCAGUGGUGGAUUUCAUCCACGUGCCCAUCCUCCCGCUCAACCAUGCCUUCCUGGCCGCGCGCACCCGCCAGCUGCUGGAGGGAGAGAGCUGCGACGGCGGGGCCCCCGGGCCCAGCGCCUUCGCCCCGCCGCGCGGCUCGCCCUCGUCCGCGGUCACCCCGGUCCCCUGCUGCGAGUUCCCCGACUGCCCCUACCCGCCCGACGCCGAGCCCAAGGAGGAUGCGUUCCCUCUGUACGGCGACUUCCAGCCGCCGGCCCUGAAGAUCAAGGAGGAGGAGGAGGGCGCGGAGGCCGCCGCGCGCUCCCCACGCCAGUACCCGGGGCCCGGCCCCAACCCCGCCGCCUUCCCGGACUUCGCGCCGCCGCCGCCGCGGGCGCCCUCGUCCAGACCCGGGGAGGCGGGCGCAGGGGCCACAGCGGCCGGCGUCGCCGUCUCGUCCGCGUCGCCGUCAGGGUCGACCCUGGAGUGCAUCCUGUACAAAGCCGAAGGCGCGCCGCCCCAGCAGGGCCCCUUCGCGCCGCUGCCCUGCAAGCCCGCGGCCGCCGCCUGCCUGCUCCCCCGGGACGCGCUGCCCCCCGCCGCGGCUGCCACCGCGCCUGCCGCCCCCACGCUCUACCCGCCGCUCGGCCUCAACGGGCUCCCGCAGCUCGGCUACCAGGCCGCCGUGCUCAAGGACGGCCUGCCGCAGGUCUACCCGCCCUAUCUCAACUACCUGAGGCCGGAUUCAGAAGCCAGCCAAAGCCCUCAGUACAGCUUUGAGUCAUUGCCUCAGAAGAUUUGUCUCAUCUGUGGGGAUGAAGCAUCAGGCUGUCAUUAUGGUGUCCUUACCUGUGGGAGCUGUAAAGUCUUCUUUAAAAGGGCAAUGGAAGGGCAGCACAACUAUCUAUGUGCUGGAAGAAAUGACUGCAUUGUUGAUAAAAUCCGCAGAAAAAAUUGCCCAGCAUGUCGCCUUAGAAAAUGCUGUCAGGCUGGGAUGGUCCUUGGAGGUCGAAAGUUUAAAAAGUUCAAUAAAGUCAGAGUUAUGAGAGCACUAGAUGGCGUUGCUCUCCCACAACCAGUGGGCAUUUCAAAUGAAAGCCAAAGAAUCACUUUUUCACCAAGUCAAGAAAUACAGUUGGUCCCUCCACUGAUCAACCUGUUGAUGAGUAUUGAACCAGAUGUGAUCUAUGCAGGAUAUGACAACACAAAACCUGAUACCUCCAGUUCUUUGCUGACGAGUCUUAAUCAACUAGGCGAGAGGCAACUUCUAUCUGUAGUCAAGUGGUCUAAAUCACUGCCAGGCUUUCGAAACUUACAUAUUGAUGACCAGAUAACUCUCAUUCAGUACUCUUGGAUGAGCUUAAUGGUUUUUGCAUUAGGAUGGAGGUCCUACAAACAUGUCAGUGGGCAGAUGUUAUAUUUUGCACCUGAUCUAGUACUAAAUGAACAGCGUAUGAAAGAGUCAUCGUUCUAUUCAUUAUGCCUUACCAUGUGGCAGAUCCCACAGGAGUUUGUGAAGCUUCAAGUUAGCCAUGAAGAGUUCCUCUGUAUGAAAGUAUUACUACUUCUUAAUACAAUUCCUUUGGAAGGACUAAGGAGUCAAAACCAGUUUGAUGAGAUGAGAUCAAGCUACAUUAGGGAGCUCAUCAAGGCAAUUGGUUUGAGGCAGAAAGGAGUUGUUUCUAGUUCACAACGUUUCUAUCAACUUACAAAACUUCUUGAUAGCUUGCAUGAUCUGGUCAAACAGCUUCACCUAUACUGCUUGAAUACAUUCAUCCAGUCCCGGGCACUGGCUGUCGAGUUUCCGGAAAUGAUGUCUGAAGUGAUUGCUGCACAGUUACCCAAGAUCUUGGCAGGGAUGGUGAAACCUCUUCUCUUUCAUAAAAAAUGAAUGGCAUAUUUUCCUUUAAAAAGUUUAAAUUUUGUGGUAUGUACUUUUGUGGUGGUUAGGAUUAUGAGGUUUCUAGUUUUUAUAAAAUUCUUCUGAAAGCCUUACCUUUAUAACAUAUCAUGCAGUGUAAAUUUAUGUGAAAAUUGUGGGAUUCUAAUUUUCCCUUGUAAAGCUUAAGUAGAAUUUUUAAAGCGUUCUUGUGUACUUAUAUUUUAUUUGAGUUUACAAGAAUGAAAAAGUACUAAAACUUGAAGUAAGCUCUGUCUUAUCUAUAUUAUUUCAUACCACUUAGGUGAGGAUUUUUAACCUUUACAGCUAACAAAUCUACUUUAGAGAAAGAGAACUUACCUGUAAUAAUAAAAAGCUAUUAUAUGUGUUACUUCUAGGUAGUUCCCUUUGUUUCUGUAGUUAUAACUCCCCAAAUGAACUUUUAAAAUGGUAGGAAAAAGUUAAUUUCUGUGAAAAUUCAUAACCAGAUUUUCAGAAUGUUUUUAAUGCACAAAAUACAGGUCCAGACUUUAAAACCACUGAAACAAAUUAAUAGGUAAAAUAGGUCUUAUACUGGCUGUUUCCCAGAUUGGAAACACAGAUCAAUCUGUAAAGAAAGUUGUAUUCAACCAUGUCAUUAAGACCACAGCUGUGGAAAUUUUGUAGAUUUUUUUUUACUAACCUUCUUUAGGAGGGGCUCAUCCUCAAAUAAGGUAUUUUGAAAAGAAAUAAAUAAUAAGAAGAUUCUGGGACGUAAUUCCCCUCCUUUCCAUCAUUGGCAUGUAGAAAGUCAGCCUUUCCAGUUUUCAGUUUCCUCACCUUUAAAAGUGGUGUAAUAUUAUUUUUCCUGUCAAAUGCUUCUUUUGGCCAGAGCUUGUUAUUAGCAUUUUCUCAAAUCGAAGACAAGACGAGGGGGGCAGUAUUUUUUUUCUCCACUGCUCAGUGAGGAUGAUGAUGAUGAUGCUCUUUCAGUGAAGCACAGUAGAUGAAUCUCAGGUUGAAAUUUUUUUGUGUGUCUCUGAUCCAAAUGUAAGAGAGAUACUUCAGGAAAUAGAUGAGUCUCAGGUUGAAAAUUUUUGAGUGCCUCUGACCCAAAUCUAGGAGAGAUGUUUUAGGAAAUACUAGAUACUGGCUUAAAACAAUACAACCAAUUACAGUAACUAGAAAACACAGUGCACAUUGUUAUUUUAACAGAAAAUAUUCCUUUGAAAGAGAGAUGAAAGUUAUUUCCUGAAAUGAAUCGCUGGAGAUCCCUUUUAAAACAACAGAAAAUAUAUAUAUACAUAUGAACCAAAUUUAUACCACUAGUGAAAUUCAAUCAAAAUAAAUUAUUAGUUUUUUCAUAAAGUAAAAACCAAUUUUAGACAUAAAUAUAUGUGUGCAGUAGUAUUUAACAACUCAGAGAAACUAAUAUCCUCAAUAUUUUCUAAGUUUCUUCUAAAGUAGACACAUUGCUAUCUCACAAAAAAUUGCACAUAUUAAUAGUUAAUAAACUUUUCAAACAAUAGAAAAAUUCUAUUAGGCAGUUUCUAAUUUCCUAAUGCAUUUUUAAGUACUCACUUCUUUUAACUGAUAAGUAUUCACAGUUUACCAAAGGACAAUAACAAAGUAAUACUCUUAAUAAGUAUGUAGUCCUCAAAACAAGGUAAAGUGGUUUCAUUUGGUGAAAAAUUGGCAUAAUUAUGUUACCAUAAAUUUAACAAUACAGUCUUCAGUUUUAGAAAUUAGUUAGCUACGGGGUUAUCUAUAAAUAAUGGAUCUCUAUAGGAGAUUUUAAAAUAGGAAGUAAAAUAAGCUCUAACCAGGACCCUUCUUGGCUUGGGUUGAUUAGAUCUGUGUCAAAUCUAAUGGCAACAUAACUUAUGAUUAUAACAUUCAACAACAAUUAAACCCACGCAUUUCAAAUAUUCUCAACAUUAGAAUAGAAAUAGCUGCUUCCUCACUAUCUAUGUCAAUGUCUUUUUAUAUAACAUAUAUGCAAUAACAUUAUACUCUUCACUGGUAUUUGGUUCUUCAGUCUUCAUACACAUACACAUAUUCUCUCUUCACUCUUCAGGCCACAGUUAUUCCCCCCCCAAAAAAACCGGAUCUAAUACCAUGCCCUCACUGAAAAAUAUUCACUAAUUUUCAGUCACCUGUCACUCAUAGCUUCAUAUUGGAAUUUCCAAGUGGGUUUUGUAAAAAUACCAUUACCUUAAAAAAUUACCUGAACUCCAUCCUUAGCAAUUAUAUUUCACCCAGUCCACUGGAUAUACUCUUAUUUUGUUCCAACCAUAGCAAUCUUGUAACAUUAAUUUUUCUUCCAGAAUUUUCUGUUGAUAUUAUAAAUCCCAUGAAUUUAUAAGCCUUCAAGACUCAGCCAAAUAUCAUUUCUAUAGUCUUCUCAAGUCUUUAAGAUGACUUACUUUCUCCUAGGUUCAUCUGCCAUUUUGUACACAUCUGAACUACAGAAUCAUGUAAAUUUUUCAUUCUUCUGCAAGUCUGAGAAUCUCUUGGAGAUGGGACAAUAGUGUUUUGUUAAUGAAGAGUUAAGUGACAUAUUCUGUGUUUUCUGUCACCAUGAGUCUCUAUCAUUCUUUGGUUUCAUUGCUGAGUAUAUUUGUACUUAUGACUUACCACUUUUUCCAUGUCUCUUUUUCUCAUGAUCUUAUCUCAAUCUUCAUUUUUCUUCCUCACUUUUAAAUUUUUCCCCCUUUCUCCUAUUUUGUGAGAUGUAGUAGGUAUAAAUCACAGGGUCUGACAAAUAGUGGAAAAUUGAAUAUUUGUUGAAUAUAUAAAUUUUCAUUCAUGAGAUUUGAUAGGAGUAAGGUAUUAUUGACAUAGAAUUUUACUAAGGAAAAUGUAGCACAAAGUCACUACUUUAAAAAUUAAUAUUAAAUAACUUCCGAAUAUAGUCAGGGUUCAAUAAUUUAUUUGCACUAAAUCAAUAUGUACAUUUUUUAUUAAAAAAGCAUUCAAUUAUUUUUCUCACAAAUGUCCUCUUAAUAACAGUAUUUUUAAUAUAUCCUGUACACAAUAGUUAAGGGAAAUUUACUUCUGUGAAAGUGUUUGUAAAAGAAUGUAAAGUGUGUCCAGAAAUCAAAACCAAAAAAUAUGUCAUCACCCUUAAACUCAGGUAGUAAACCCAGGAACAGUUGCGAUGUGACCAUUUUAUUAUCUGAUUCUCCUUACUUUGAAUAAAAACAGUAAUUUGAUAGUACAAAUCCUUUUCCACCAUCACAAUUUAAUUUCCAAAAUAACUUUAAAUUUUUCUAAUUUUACUUAACUGUCAAGGAAUACAAUGUGUCGGCACAGGGUUGGGUGUAACUGUUGUUUGGCAACUUCAUAAGAAUGUUUGAUAUUCUUGAUUUUGAUCUUGGUCCACAAUGUAGAUUUCUAAACAAUAGGAUUUAAUACUUAAAGGCUAAGAUUAGAUAAGGAAACAAUAAAUUCCAAAAAGAACAUGACAUUACCAAAUGGAAGCUAUCUAGUCUCUAAAUCUUUUACUACACAAAUUCCUACUAUUAAUGUCUCUAUUACUAUGUAGCCACAUAAUCUUUGUCUUGGUUUUGCAGGUCAUGUUGUUUUUGGUAGCUCUAAGGUAAAAUUAAAUCUUAAGAAGACAAGUUACAUAUCAAGAAUACUUGAUGAUUACUGAAACAGAUUUUUUAAUAAAUGAAAACAGUUUUAUUAAAUUGAAAAGCUAUUUGAGUCAGAAGCAAUUACACCUCAGAUAUUGUGUUUUUACUGUUUAAAUGACUUUUUAAAAAUGUUUAAAUAUGGGGCUCUUUUUACUUAGGUAACACUAUGCUAUUCUUUUUCACUUUUAACAUUAAAAUAAUUUAUUGCUACACAGAUGAUAUUCAAAUAGGAUAGGUAAUAUGUUUCCUACUGAAACCCUGCCUUUUAAAUAAAUAAGCAUUGCAUGUGCACCCAUAUUCCCAAAUUAUCCACAGCUAAAUUGAUGUAUUUAACAGUGGUCUAACAGAAAGAGCUGACCUAGGGCUAUCCCACUGUCUUGCCACUUUCUGGAUGAAUGAGUAUAAGUCAUGCAGUCUCUCUCAUUAAACCUUUGCAAUCUUUUUUGUGAUUAAUAGAAAUGGAAACAAAACAUAUACAAGUGUCCAGAAAUAGUAAUUGUCCUGAUUGUAUUUUCAUUAAGCCAUGGCCUGGCUAUGAUUUUAUCAAACUAAUUGUCUGUAUUCUAUAGUGAAAACAGAAGUCUAGAAAAUCUAAUUCCUUUACUUCUAUCGGUAUGUAUGAUUAUAUAUUUAGCUGAUUUGAUUUGUAAUUAGGGCUAGAUGUAUUCGAUUAAUUUCUUCCCUUGAAAAGAUAGUCAUUUGAGUUUAAGGCCUGUUUUCUCAGAAAUCUGAUGAGACUAUCACACUUUUAUUAUAAAUAUCCAAGAAUAAUUAUAUUGACGUUGACUUUUUCAAGUAUCUCUUUAAAAUACACAUAUCCUGACUAGAACACACUCUUCCAAAAAUCUAUGAACUACAUGCUCAGAUUAUUUUUACUAUGGCAGUAACUCUACAAAAUGCAACAAUGGAGUUAAAAAUCAUGAAUUUAUCAACCAAAAAUGACAUUCCUAUCCUAAAGAAGGUUAUUAUGAAAGAGAUCUUCAUAUCUACUUUGAUUUGAUAUCUAGGAUGGCUAUUAUAUUUUUAGUUUUUGCUGUGAAUACCCAAAUAAUUUCUGUGAACUGUAUUUUCCCUGUACAUGUCAGAUUUCAGGACAGAAUAUUAAUCCUUUUAAAUAUUUUUUAAACUCCAUAGCCUUCUAUAUAAGAAACCCUCAAAACUGAAAAAUAAAUUUUAAUUUAAAGAUAUCUCAUUUUUGUAUUCAGUUAACCAAAAAAUUGUCCUGCUACUAAUAAAGCAAAAUUGACAAGAGAAUAGCUCAAGCAAGACAUAACUUUCUUUUUCACCAAGUAAGCCUUUCAAAUAGCACUGGAUAUGGGAAUUUCUAUAUCAUUUAAAUUUAAAAGAAAUACAUAGCCAUACCUUCUAAAGAAGUUUACCAAGUCCUAAAUUGUUUAUAACCACUUGACUAAGUCAUGAAUUGUGGUUCUGGUUUCACGGUUUCCCUUACUCAAGCUUGGGCAAAAGGACAGUCUGUCUGUAUGUAGCAUCUGCUAUCUAUUUAAUUAACAUUCAUUAACAUUAGCAUCAUUCUAUGCUCUCUGGACCUAAAAUCCAAAAUUGAAUAAAGAAAAGUAAAGCAACUGACUAUUCAUUUCAUAUUAUUGAAUACAAUCCAACCUGCAUUGGUCAAUAUGCUAUAAUAUAAAUCCAAGUUUAACUGGGCUAGAUAAUAGUUCAAAGUGGAUUACACCCUAUUCAAACUCAAGAAAUGGCCCUAUAGACCACCAGUUAGCUAAUAAAAUUAGUUAACUAAUAAAAAUUAUACCUCCAGGGUCAAACUUGAAUCAGUGUGGCCUUAAAAACUGAAAAUGAUGCACAAAGAAUAGUUUCCUUUAAUAAUUUAUUCCCCCCGUAAUUAGAGAAGAUUUAAGAAUUUGAGGAACAUUGGUGAUUAGUAAAAUAGGAGCAGUUUAUAGCAGCAUCCGCCGGGUUGAUGCUAAGGGAAGAAAAACAUGAAGGGAUCUGUUCCCUCUUAGGAGUUGACCGCAUUCCAAGGCAGAGCUCUAGGCACAUGCCUGGAGGCUGCGCCCAGGCUUGUCCAAGCUGUAUACAGCUGUGGAGUUUGGAAAACUCUCGCAGGAUUGCUGGAUUAGUCCCAGAAUGUCAAGCUCAUUUUCAGUUUACUGGCUCUUGUUGCUUUAUGUCACGCUGACCUUAUUGUUAAACACAGGUUUGUUUGCUUUCAUACCACUCAUGGAAAAAUAGGGAAAGCAUUACUUUUAAGCUGGUCAAAAGCAUUAACUGACAAAGCACUUUCAGAGAAAUGUGAAUUAGGCAGCUAAGAAGCAUACUGUCCCCAUUACUUUAAAGAAAAUGUACGGUCUUAUUAACUCUGCAGUGUGACAUUAGUGUCAUGGACCAUAUUUAGACAGCUAUGAGUAAAAUAUUUAAAUAGCAUUGUAAAUAGUUUUCAGGACAUACACUGCAGUUUAUUUUUAUUAUCUUUUGAAAUUGCUCUUAAUAUAUCAACUCCAGAUGUAUCCAAGUUACCAAACAAAAAUUAUCCUAAAUGAAACCCACUUAAAUAUGUUUUUCUUUUGUCAGUUAUACAUAAAGCUUAACAUUUCUUAAGCUAUGAUGUUUACUUCCAUAUGAUUUUUAUUGUAAACUAUUUUAUACAGUGGCUAUUUUAAGCUUUUUGCCAUUGAAAAUACAUUUUGUUACCCUCCUUCCCCAGAAAAGCUUAUAUUUUAAAGUUUCCACUGAACUAUGAUCCUAUGAAGAUAUAGUCAUUUUAAUUUUGUAAUGUUUUAUUAUUUAAAGACAUACCAAUUAGAACUGCAGAGCAGUGGAACAAUUAUGUCCACACUAAUUUGGUAUUUUUGAUGCAGCUUUAACCUGGUGGACACAAACAUUUUAUUUUUUUCAAUAAUAGUAAAACAAUCAAUGGACUUCUAUCAUAGCUUUCCUAAAGUGGCCUCUUAACCAGAGAUUUGAGGUCAGACUUGUUUCUUUGUUUUGGUUUGGUUUGGUGUUUUGGGGUACCGGGGAUUGAACUCAGGACCUGCGCUUGUGAGGCAGGCACAGUGCCACUGAGCUAAAUAAGGUUAGAGUUUUUUAUAUAACAUUUUAUUCUAAGGCCUUUAAAACUCAUAAGAAAGACCAAAACAGUGUAUAGAGAAUUAAUACCAAUAUGUCAUGUCUUUGUCAGAGCAGAGAUGCAGCUCUGCUUCUUCUCUCUGGAUUAAACACACUGCCCAGAAUUUAUUUCAGAUGGUAAUCCCAGUAUUUGAUAUUACUAAGGAUAGAAAAAGAUUUUCAUAUGGAAGC